AAAAUGGCCGCCCGAAACGCAGGAACCGCCCGGCCUGGAGGUCCAAACAGAACGUGCCAGUUCAAACUCGUUCUUCUCGGAGAAAGUGCUGUAGGCAAAUCAUCUCUCGUAUUGCGAUUCGUCAAGGGACAAUUUCACGAGUAUCAGGAGUCGACUAUAGGUGCUGCGUUCCUCACUCAAACUGUGUGCCUUGACGAUGCAACAAUUAAAUUCGAAAUCUGGGAUACUGCAGGACAAGAAAGAUAUCAUUCAUUGGCACCAAUGUACUAUCGAGGAGCUCAAGCGGCUAUUGUUGUCUACGAUAUUACCAAUCAAGAAUCUUUCCAAAAAGCGAAAAAUUGGGUAAAAGAACUGCAGCGACAGGCAUCUCCAAAUAUUGUGAUGGCAUUGGCUGGAAACAAGGCUGAUGUUGCCAAUAAGCGAACUGUUGAGUAUGAAGAAGCUAAUGCUUAUGCUGAGGACAAUGCUCUCUUGUUCAUGGAGACAUCUGCGAAGACCUCAAUGAACGUGAACGAUAUUUUCAUGGCAAUAGCUAAAAAGUUGCCAAUCGGACCAGCACAGGGUGAACCAACGGGAACUGUCGAUAUGAACCAACCACAACAGCAACAAAAGGGUUCAUGCUGUAAAUAAAUUGACGACUUUUUCAUGUACCAUCAACCCUUCUAGCUCCGCUCCUCUUUUGUUCUAUAUAUCUUUUGAAUCCAACGCCUGUGAUCGUCGUCAUUGUUUUCCCCUCGAAAAAAAAACACUUUUGAACAAGUUUUUUGUGCUCGCUUUCUUUAUUUAUUUUCACUCUUUUAACCCAUAUUUUCUCAUUUUUUGUAUAUUUCUGACUAAUGUUCAGCCAGUGAAUGAGCUUGCACAAUUGGCUCUGCCCAUUUGCUUUUUAUAUGCGAAAACUCCCAUUUUUUCAUUCAAAUGUUCCAAUUAUUUAUUGCUUCUCACCAUCAACAUCCAAGUCCCGAACCCCACCAUCCCACUGUUAGUACUUUUCUCGUCAAAGUUUCACCACCUUUUUGUCAAUUUUUUUUCAAAAUUUUAUAGCAUCCUUUCAGAAUCUAUCCGAAUAAAUUGAAGUUCG